UGCCAGGCAGCCAGCAUUCCUGAGUGGGACACAGGCUCUGCGAGCUUUGAAGCAUAUUCCGCUCUGGCUCCAGCUGGCCUCGCUCCCCACACCAGACCCCUGGACCCAAGAAGCACAGCUCAGCUCCUUACCCAGCGCAGAGGAGGGAGCAGCAUCCUCUGGGGGAGCUGGGCUCGCAGGAGAGCAUGAAGGGGACGGAGCGGCACAUGGCCAGGAGGCCGCUGCAUAAGCAGUUGGAUUUGGAGAGGAAGCACGCCAAGCAGGCCGAGGCCAGGCUCAGCCAGCAUCUGCAGAGACUCGAGCAAGCCCACCUGUGCCACCUGAAGCUGCUGGCCUGGGAGCAGCGGCAGCUGCAGAAACAGCUGCAGAGGCUGCAGCAAGCAGACCGCAAGGGGAAGUGCCCCUCCUCCCCCGGGAACCGAGUUCAGCAGAGACCAGGAGGCGCCCCCGUGCGCCCGCAGCAGGGAGGGAACCUUCCUCUUCUCACCCCUCCCAGAGCCCUGGCCAUCAACACAGCCCAGGAAGCACAUGGGGCCCGGCCCCAGGGGCCUCCUUCCUGCCACAAUGGCCUCGAGAGCCCCACGAGAAGCAAAGAGCAGUCGCCACCUCAAAGCCAGGUGACCUCCCCCCUCCCAGGGGAGAUGGAGCCUGUGUCCCCGGGGGCCCCCUCCUUCCGAGAGGUGUUGGCAAGGGCCGCCAACGCCCACUACCUGCGGCACCGGGUGCCCCCCGAGGCUGAGCGGCUGCUCAGCAUGGGGGAGAUAUUUGGGCACGGGGGUCCCAGGACCCAGCGCAGGGCGCCUGGAGGUCACCUCUCCGACCCUCCCGAGCCCUCAGAGUAACAUGUCAGCCACUAGAGAAAUGUGCACAAUUUUAUUUUCAAUCGUUUCCCCCUUUCCCCGAAUCUGCAAGGCCAGUCGAUGAAAAUCGAGGGGAGGGGAGUCUCCUGGGAACCGGUAAGUGAUGCACCCACACCCCUGGCUAAGGUCUCAGAAAUACGAAUCUGCCUUGAAGAGAUGGUGCCGCCCAUUCUGAUGCUUGUGGCGCCACCUGCUGGCCAGAGGGCACCGCCCUGGGUCCUGGGCCCCUGAGGGUUGGACUCCCGGCCUGUGCAGACCGCCUCCCUCCCAGGCGCCCCAUUUAGGUUUUCUGUUCCCACCUUCCACCUGCUCACAUCAAACUGGCAACCUAAUCAUCAACAGCUGGCAAGCAGCGUGCUCCCGCCAGCAUCUCCUGCCCAGCAAAACGGGGGGCGGGUGGCAGCCCAGGGCGGCUCGGAUGACGAACAUGAACUCACGGGCCACGGUGGAGGCCGCGCCAGGACAGAGGCUGCGUGCACACCGCCCAGGCCGCCAUCUGUGCCUCUGUCUCGUCCCCAUUUUGUGUGGGUGUUUCUCCUGCGGCCAGAGCCGGAGGCCAGGGGCCAGGCCACGGCAGCCCGAGCGUGGCCGCUGCUGGGCCGUGGACGGGAACACACACUGCGCACUCCCCGCUUCGUGCCGUCUCCACUCCUGUGGACCCAGAUCUGCCGCAGCCCCGCUGCAGCCCUCCACCCGCUGUGUCCAGACAUUUCACGUGGUGCCACCCCGUGCCUGACCUGUAGCAUCUGAGCCGUGACACCCCACCGUCUCUAAUAAAAACUUCGUUGUCAUCA